GUUGUUCCAGGAUUUCCAUUGGUAUACCAUCUCCAGCUAUUGUUCCUAAUCACCGAUUCACUGCGAGUUCAUAUUAUGAUAUCCGCUAUAUACCAAUUAAUGCCCGGCUACGGAUUAAUAAAGCCUGGGAACCUGCAAAGGGCAAACAAUCUGGUUCUUGGCUGCACAUAGAUCUUGGUUCUGUGGUGUUUAUUUGUGCUGUUGCAACACAAGGGAGUGGCUUUCCUCCUAAUGAAUACGUCAAGAAAUACAAGCUCAGGACGUCAAGUGAUAAUAUUAAUUGGAAAUAUUACCAGGAAAAUAAUGUAGACAAGAUAUUUACAGGAAACACAGACAGAACGACUAUCGAAACAAACACUCUGGCAAUUCCAACUAAGGCUAAGUUUAUAAGAUUUUACCCUGUGGCCUGGAAUGAUUAUGCAGCGAUAAGGGUUGACGUAUAUGGUGUACCGUUAGUAUGCAGAAAACCAUUUGGUCUUGAAAAGGGUGGCAACUUGGGGAAUAUCAAGAUAACAUCAUCUUCUAAAGCAGACAAUUCCCAUGAUGCAUCUGAUGGACGUCUCUAUGGUAAUACAUCAUGGUGCAGUAGGACAUCAUCAAACUCAGAGUACAUACAGAUUGACUUUGUGAAGAUGGUUACACUGACUGGUAUAGCUACACAGGGUUACCACACCAUGGAUAAAUGGGUCAAGACUUACAUCAUCAAAUACAGUAUCGAUGGAAUCCAAUGGAAUUAUCACCGAGAAGGCGGAAAUAGUGUCAAGAUCUUUCAAGGAAACAGUGACAGAAGUAGUAUUGCAGUCCGAUGGUUAAGUCAUCCACUCACAGUAAGAUAUAUCAAAGUGCAUCCCCAGACCUGGAAUACUGCAGUAUGUAUGAGAAUUGAAGUCUUUGGAUGCAAGUCUCCUUCUGCUCCAGAGAUAACCAAAUUGACAAAUCGAAACCUUACAGCAUCAAUUGGUAGCUAUGUCGAGUUGACGUGCCAGGUAAAGGAACCAUUAAUCCAGCACAUUCAAUGGUAUUCUAAUGGUACUGAUGUAACCAGUCUUUCUGGUGGUAUAACGCGGGAUGUUACCUCUGUCAAGUCUGUGCUACGAGUAAACUAUACCAAUGCUAUUGAUGUAACCAGGAAAUACCA